UAGAUAUCCUGUCAAGCCAAGACAUAUUCAAAGGAUGUUUACUUUGAUGUUUACGUCAUUACUUUGGUUUAAACAAUUAUAUUUUGAUAAGACGUGUGUGUGUGCGAGAAAAGCAAUAAGAACAAUAAACUAGAGUACCAUAAAAACAAGUGAAGUAAUUAAAGUGGGAGAAACCGGGCAAAAUUUCGUGUCGACUUGAAAUGAAAAUUGCAUUGAUCAAAGGGUCCGUGCAUGAAGGGUGUCCAUCGAUCAAGCAGCGCCUUGUAAUGGAUCGUCUCGAGGCUGGGUUAUGUCAUUAGCCGGCCAGGGCACACAGAGAGUGUUCUCAGAAUUCAGAUGGAAUGGCACUAGGAUGAGGCUACUUCAUUCUUAUCAGGGGAACGCGAUGACCUCGCCUGAGGUUUUUGUGGCACGUUAUCUUCGGUUGACGGGCGAUGUUGUUUACCUAGGAUACCGCAGGUUGCAGUCCAUUCAUGCCUCUAGUCGGAAUUUGUAUCUGGAAGAUACCAGAUUCGCCGAACAGAGGGCGCACUCUCCCUCUCUCUCUCUCUCUGUUUCAGAAAGAGAAAGAGAGAAGCUGAGCAAACGAUCUGUGACUAAUGUUACAGCGCGCUGCAGGCACAAUACCCAGAAAUCCGAGGUCCGCGGAGCGGAUGGCGGUAACCACUUGGCCUGAACUGAUAACCAUGUGCUGGUCUUGGUGUUGUUUACUUACUCCCGUUCGUUCGCCGGUUCACCCAGAGAGAAAUCCACAUAGAAGCACACACACACACACACACAUGCACAGAUGUGCGCGGUGUAUCUGUGAGUGCCAGCGUGUUCGGUUUGACUGAUAGCGGAAUUGGAACUCACGCGAUACAGCACGCGCUCUCUCCGGCGAUUUGCGAGUGUUGGUGAGAGCGGCUGGGUCCGAGUUCGAUCAUAUUUAUAAAAGAAUCGACCACCGCCAGCUACUCAAGCAGUCGCAGUCGUUCGCCAGAACGUUCAAUACCCGCUCGUCCGCUGAACAACUAGUAUACGCAGAGUUUUGAAAAGACCUACGGUCAGAAUCAAUUUCUGGAUCCGUAAUCGUUUCGCUUUUCGCUAUUCGAACUAAUAGGGAAAAAACGCGCAAAGAAAAUCGCGUGCACACACAUGUGCGGCAACUUCAUGACGGAACCGGAAAACGCUGCGUGAGAAAUCGAAAAAUUCCAGUGACCCAAACGCGAACGGUAACGUUUCGAAAGAGAAGCAACAAAAGUCAAAUAAGAUAUAUCAGAUAUAUACAUACACUCAACCCGCGCCGCACACAUGACAACUGCAUUGACCAUGGUGAAAACGGGUGGUAAAUACGCCAACGAGAAAUUCUUCGGGGUGAGGCAUGUGCAGUGCAUCCUGUGCUUCUUCUGCCUCGCGAUGAGCUACGCUUGGCGGGUGAACCUCAGUGUGGCCCUGGUGGCCAUGACGGACAACAGCACCUCCCUAGCUCAGAACAACACCAAUACCGGAGUGGCGCCAAGCGAACCCGGUUUUGAUUUCUUUAAUUCCGAGCGCUACUACAACUUCACCCAGAAGGAGAAGGGCAACCUGCAGGCCAGUUUCUUCUUUGGCUACAUCGUGACCCAAGUGCCAGGUGGUUAUAUCGCCCAGCGCUAUGGAGCCAAGACCAUGCUGAUGUACGGAUUGGGUAUAGCCGCUUUGAUCACGAUGCUCUCGCCGAUGUCCCUGCAAUUCGGAUGGGUCGCCCUUGCCGUGAUGCGAUUCGUGAUGGGCCUGGCCCAGGGUGCAGUACAUCCGGCCACGCAUGCGCUUUUGGCCAAGUGGUCGCCCGCGGAUGAGCGAGGAAUGCUGGGAACACUCUGCUACUCGGGCGCCCAGUUCGGAACGGUGGUGAUGCUGGCCACUAGCGGUUUCAUUGCCGACUCCGUCUUGGGCUGGCCGAGUAUCUUCUAUUUGGGCGGAGCAUGCGGCUUUAUUUGGAUGGUUUUCUGGUACCUAUUCUCGGCCAGCACGCCGGAGGAACACCGUCUGAUUUCGCCCGGAGAGCUGAAGUACAUUACGGAUUCGCGGAGCGAUGGCAAGAUGCAAUCCGCCGAGAAACUGGCACCCACGCCCUGGAAGGCCAUCUUUAGUUCCCUGCCCUUCCUGUCUCUGCUGGUGGUGCACUGCACCCACAUUUUCGGUUACUGGCUGCUGCUCAUGCAGAUUCCCACGUACAUGAAGAAGAUCUACCACGUGGACAUCAAGAAGGGUGCGCUGCUCUCCUCCCUACCCUACAUGGUGAUGCUGCUCCUCAGCUUCUUUUUCGUCUGGCUAUCCAAAGUGCUCCAAAAGAAGGAAGGCAUGUCUCUGUCCUUCAACCGCAAGAUUUUCAACAGCAUUGGCCAUUGGAUACCUAUGCUCUCGCUGAUCGCGCUAGGUUAUGUGCCGGCGGAUAAUGCUCCACUGGCGGUAACACUGCUCACCCUAACGGUGGGAAUCAGCGGAGCCACCUAUCUGGGCUUCCAGGUGAACCACAUCGAUCUGUCCCCGAAUUACGCCGGAACCCUGAUGGGCAUUACGAAUUGUGCGGCAAACGUGAUGAGUGGAAUCGCACCAGUGAUCGUGGGACAGAUUGUCGUCGAUGAGACAAGCGUAACUGAGUGGCGAUUGGUGUUCCUGCUGGCUGCCGCCUUCUACUUCUUGGGCAAUCUUCUCUUCGUCAUAUUUGGACGCACGGAGGUGCAAUGGUGGGACUCCCCACGGGACAAUAAGGAGGAUGCGGAGCAGGGCACGCCUCUGGCGCCCAAUGGCCAGGUCAAAUAGAGCCUGGGAUGGCAUGUUCAUACCGCAUCCAGAAUCAUCCGGGCUGUUGUUUCUUAGAUUCGUAGGCGUAGUUAGUUAGUUAGACACCAGACAAGCUGAAAGUUAACUUUAGUGACGAUCGCGUGCUUCCAUUAGCGAUAUUAUACGGUAAUUGCUUAGUCCUAAGGCAGCGUAAAUUAUUAUUGUUUGCAGUAUUUCCAUAAUGUACAUAAUCC